AUGGAUCGCCGAAAAUUAUAUAAUCAAAGGGGAGAUGACAUCAAAGUCAACGUUUUCUGCAAUCGUAGAAGGGCUACCGACUGCCAAAUUGAGAAGCAACAUGGAAAAACUAUCAAAACACUCCUACCUGAAUCAGAUCGAACAAGGGAACUAAUAAUCAAAAAUGAGAAAAUCAAUGAGAAGUCAAUAUUUCUUUCAAAAGCGGAAAUGGAACGGAUUCGUAAUAGUGCUCGCAUUUUAACUGAUGAAGAAUUAAAAGAAAAGGAAAUAAAGGAUAAAGAAUUGAAGGACAAACUUAUGGCUAAGUUAACAAAUCGCAAGGAUGAGAUGAAAAAGCUCGAUAUGGAGCGUCGUGCGAACGAGAAACUCAACGAGUUGGAGGAAGAGGCAAGGCAGAAGGCGCAAUACCUUCUGUCGAAGGCGAUGGAGCAGCGCCAGGAUGAGGAGGAAGAAAUAAAGCAACUGAACGCAGCUAUUACAAAUGCUAAGAUCCAGACUAUUCGCGAUGCACAGGUGCUCGAAAAACAGCAAAUUAAGAAGGAAUUGGCUGAGGAGAAUGACCGACUUGAUCGCAUGAUGGAAAUGGACCGUCAAAACGCUCUCCAGAUCCAGACUGCAAUUGAGACGAAACGAAAAGAAGCGGAAAUGUUGGGAGAAUGUGAAAUAAUUAACCAGAUAAACCAGAAUGAGCAGGAGCGUUUACUGAGACUAGAAAAGACGGAGCAGGAGAAUAUGGCGGUACGCAAGAAGAUAGCGAGUGAGAUGCUGGAGGAGAUGAACCGUAGAAUUGACAGGAAGACAAAGCAGCAGCUCCUAAGAGAGGAAUUGGAUAAGUGCAACGAUUCGAUGCGCAAAAUGCGAUUGAAAAAGGCUGAGGAAGAAAGACUGCUUGAUUUGAAAAUCAUGCAAGAACAGAAGGCAAAAGCUGAGCGUGAGGCGGCCUUUGAGGAGGAGCAGCGAUGCAUCCGCUGUGAGAAGGAGAGAGAGACGAACCGACUGCGGGGCUUACAGGAACGUGCCAUCGAUCUGCAGGCAGAGAAGAACGCUCUGCGUGCUAAGCGGGCCAUGGAGGAGAACGAACGACAAUGGCGCCGGAAGGAGCUGGCAGCCGCCAAGAGAGCUCAGGAAGCCAGGGAGGAAAUGAACCGAGAGCGCAUCAGAGCGGAAGAAAACAAGACCCGUCUUCUUGCCAUGGAGGCGACGCGCAACAAAGUGGACUUCGAACGAAUUCUACAACACCAGAAGGAAUUGAUAGAAAAGGAUAGACUUGAAGAGAAAAGGCGCAAUAAGAUGAAAAUGGAGUUCUGUAACGACUUGAAGAAGCAGAUAUGUGAGAAGGAGCAGCAAAGAAUCGCGGAGCGAAAUGCCUUCUUCGAAGAGGGUGUGAGAAUGGAAGAAGAGGCGCGGCUGCGUCGUUUACGUUUGGAAGAUGCUAAGAAUCGUAAGAUGGAAGAACUCAGGCAAGCCUUCGUCGACUUUACUGAGUCCUUAGCUGAACCAUCACUCAUUCAAUCAAGCUAG